AUGGCGAGGAAGAAUCAUCACGGACAGCGCAGCGAGUCAGGCCGUGCCUUGCCAGGGAAGAAACUCGCCAAACAGAAGUCUAAUGGCCAUCUGAACGGCCUCCCGAACGGCCACCAGCAGGCCGCCAAUACUCCUACUCCUACCAACUCCACCGCUACUACACCUUUGACAGCACCAUCCACCACUCCCUCCGCGGCCGCAGCCUCCUCUACUCCGUCCAUUUCUCCCGCCAGGGCCACUCCGCAAAACGCAGACGGACAGCUGGCGAACAGCCAUGGUAUCGGGAGCACGCAUGGUACAGCCAGUGUGAAGACUAACGGACGUGGAAGUAAUACUACCCAGGUCAACGGAAGCAACGGCCACGUCUUGGUUGGUGGAGGAGAUGCUGCCAUGCCGAACGGCCACCCUCAAGCUCACGGUCAUGCCACCAUGUACUCGUCCGUGGCCGCCAACGGUGUCCCGGCCGGAGAUCGAUGUGACGAACCCUUCCCCCGUCGAGCAGACAGAGUCGUUCCACCCGUGAAAAAGGCCCAUUCCGGCCGCAAGGGCGUCAAUCCGCUGGUCCUUGCUUCGACAAUCCUCAAAGCCUGCCCUACUUCCGAUACCAUCGCCAUUCUCAUCCUCCUUCUACAGCUGCCACCCAUCGUCUUGACCUUGGUCCAAUUUCUCUACGCCUCCAUGACAUUCAUGCUACCGGCCGGCGUGUCUACCGGAACCCUGACCUCGAACUUUGAUAUCUUCCAGGGACCUGCCGGAACACCCUCGCUAAGUACAAUGAUCGCAAUGGAUGGUUUCUGUCUACUUGUGUGGGGCCUGUUUAUGUGGAACUGGGCGAAGAACUUUGCUAUCGACCUCGCACAUGUCCAGGUAGCUAUUGCUCUGGGUGCCGGCAGUUCGGGGGACACUGGAGGCGUCAACACCUUCUGUGUCUCCGUGGUCCUUAUCGUACACCUGCUACGGAGUGAAGGAAUACAGACGUUUCUAUUAGGUCACUUGUUUUCAGCAAAGCUUCUCUCUCCGGAAACGGUAGCAAAGUACUCCUAUUUGAUACCCGCAGAGUUCCGGCGUCAGGACAAUUCUUCGCCCCCAAGCUGGAUAGGAAGCCUUCUUGCAGUGCACAUCUUGGCCCAGGCUGGAACAGCUAUGGCGCGACGGUCAAUGGCCAAAAAUAGGUCUUCCCCUCGAGCCAAAAGCAGUGAACGGUCGGCAACGGAUGCCUCUGCUGGAACCCCAGCCUUACCCGAUAUCUCAUCAAUGGAACCAUCUACCGCCUUGUCCUCUGGCAUCUCAUCUGAACCCGCACAAUCAGGCUCUAGCUUAAAAGAUACACGGGAACGGGUGUCCACUGCCAAGAAGAGACGCCGUCAAGCGAACGAGGCGAGAAGGAUACAGCCUUUUUGGGCUGCUUUGGCCAGCACAAAGUUUACUGUCACCCGAGAAUACGAACGAUCCCGGAAUGGUAACUGGUACUCCCCCAAUGUCCCGACUUCGGAAAAUGAUCUGGAUGGCGUCUCACCCGAUAAUGCAUUUAUUUGGAUUACUGGCGUGGAUACCUCGAGCAUUGAGUUUGCCGCAAACGACUUCUCCAUCAGUGAGGACGCUGUCAAUGAAGGUGCUGCGUAUGGCGCUGCCGGACCGUUUUAUGUCCGCGUCAACGGCGCGCAUUGGGCUCCUGUCACGCUUUCUAAGGUUUCGGAUACUUCCAAGGAACCCGCGCUUGUCCACUGGAGAGGUGAGAUUUCUGGGUUGGCGCCAGAUUGUACAUAUACAUGUAGCUUUGUGUGUGUCGAUACGAACGAGGAAGUUUGUGUUGUGAGCGUGAAGACGCCCUCUGCUCACGUCACAGAUCAAGUCGUUACUCCCCCCGUCGCUUUAUCUCCACAGCAAUCUCUACGGCCGUCGUCGCCAUCCACUACUGUCAAAAACUCCAUAGCUAAUGCCGAAGCUAAACUGAACGAACGCCGUUCCCGUCUCAAACGCUCCAGAAACAACCAUAAACUUCACCUUUCCAAAGUCAAACGUGAACUAGACGGCUUGACCCACAGGCUACAAAGUGGUGGAGACGAGAGCCGCCAAAAGCAACGCUCCCUUCAACUUGAACGUAACAUCCGACAAACCGAAGAAGCAACCGCCGCAAUCGAAGUGCAGCUUAAGAACCUUGAAAAGUCCCCGGGCCCGGGCGCCGAGCUGGAGGAAUGGAGCACUCGAAAGGCCGCAAUUGAGGCCGAGACCGCAAAGCUAAAGACACUCAAACAGGAACUAGAAACUGCUAAAUCCAACAUGGCCAGAGCCGUUGCGUCUUCUGAAGCGGAGUUAGCAUCUACGAUACAGAAGAGAGAACGUCUCCAGAGCCGACUUAACCGUCUAACUGCUCAACACGAACGCAUCAUCUCCUCUACCAAUGCUCAGGACCUAGCAGAACGCGAACACCAAGCCCAAAUGCAAAUGGCCCAGUCAGCUAUAUACAGCAGCUACUUACCAGGAGCCUUUGCACCCAAGGUACCAGCGAGGUUUCGUCUAAUUCCUGCAUGUGGUGGUGACCCCAACCUCUUCAUUGAUGUCGAAAUCGCAAGCGAUCAAGCGAGUAAUAUUCAAAAUAUAUUCAGAUCUGAUCUAUAUAGAUUGAACUAUAACCCGCUCACAUAUACUGGUAUAGAGCAAAAUAUACCCGUAGAAAUCGCAACUGAAACCACCGCCGGAGUCGAGAUUGAAGUCGAAAUUCGCGAAAGCCUUCGAAUUCAUAUGCAAUUACUUACUCCGACCGGCAUUCCAAUUACACCCUGGUACGUCGAGCGAGCUGCAAUUAUCGAGGAUGAUCGGACAGUCAUGGCCGCUGGCGGUGGGAUGGGGACGUAUCGGUACCCAGCAAAUGGGAUGCGGCAGUUUUUGCCGUUCGGAACGGGGGCUUCUCCGUCUCCGUCUCCGGCUGCUUUGGCUCAUAGCGCUCAUGGGAACCAGGCUUUAUAUGUAGCUCCAAAACAGGGUGAGGUUAUAGAGCAGUUGCCAAUUAUAUAA